AUGGCAACUGUUUCAGCUGCCUUCUCCACUUCGAUUUUAGUAAACCAAGUCAAUUUCAUCUCUCCUAGUACUUCCGGCAGGCGUCUACGGAUUCUUGUCCAUAGAAAGAUCAAUUUUGAUUUCAAACACAGUUCAGGUCGCCGGAGUGGAAGAAUUUCGGCGGCGAGGAAAGAAGGCACGGCGGUGGUGGAUGAGAAGGAAGAUGAGUAUUUGAAUAAAUUGAAUGGGAGUUUGAAUGGAAGCUCCAACGGAAGCUACGGUUUGAACGGUUCAGCGUCUGACAAGUUUGGGAAUGGCGGAGUGGUUGCAACGGAGAGUGGAAGUGAGAGUUUAGUGAAAUAUGUAAAUGGGAAUGGGAAUGGAGGAGUGCGGAGCAGUGUGGGUGAUCUUGUGGAAUUGAAAGCAGAAAAGGAGAACAAAAAGAAGAAAAGCGUGGAGGAGAUUGGGCAAGAAGAGGCUUGGUUCAAGCGAAGUGGGGGCGAUCAAGUCGAGGUAUCUGUUGCUCCUGGGGGCCGAUGGAGUAGAUUUAAAACAUAUUCAACAAUUCAAAGAACCAUGGAAAUUUGGGGAUUUGUUAUAACAUUUUUAUUUCGAGUUUGGUUAAACAACCAGAAGUUUUCCUACCGAGGUGGCAUGACCGAGGAGAAGAAAGUUCAGAAGCGCAAGGUCCUUGCUAAGUGGCUUAAGGAAAACAUUCUGAGAUUAGGACCUACAUUCAUUAAAGUUGGCCAACAAUUUUCUACAAGAGUGGACAUUCUCGCUCAAGAAUAUGUGGAUCAAUUGUCAGAGCUGCAGGAUCAAGUACCUCCAUUUCCGUCAGAGACUGCUGUAGCUAUUGUUGAGGAGGAGCUUGGGGCUCCAGUGGAUGACAUAUUCCAGCGGUUUGAUCGUGAGCCUAUUGCUGCUGCCAGUCUCGGUCAGGUCCAUCGGGCUAAAAUGAAUGGGAUGGAGGUUGUUGUCAAAGUGCAAAGGCCUGGACUUAAGGAUCUUUUUGACAUUGAUCUUAAAAAUCUAAGGGUAAUUGCUGAGUUUUUCCAAAAAGUUGAUCCGAAGUCUGAUGGUGCAAAGAGAGAUUGGGUUGCCAUAUAUGAUGAGUGUGCAAGUGUUUUGUAUCAGGAAAUUGACUACACAAAGGAAGCCGCAAAUGCCGAGCUGUUCGCGAGCAACUUUAAAGAAAUGGAUUAUGUCAAAGUUCCCAAGAUAUUUUGGGAGUACACCACCCCACAGAUUCUGACCAUGGAAUAUGUACCGGGCAUAAAAAUUAAUAGGAUAAAAGCUUUAGACGAGUUGGGAGUUGAUCGGAAGAGAUUGGGUCGAUAUGCAGUUGAGUCUUACCUUGAACAGAUUUUAUCUCAUGGAUUUUUCCAUGCUGACCCUCACCCUGGUAACAUUGCUGUGGAUGAUGUCAAUGGUGGGAGGUUGAUUUUUUAUGACUUUGGAAUGAUGGGAAGUAUAACCCCAAAUAUCAGAGAAGGUCUGCUGGAAGUUUUUUAUGGAGUUUAUGAGAAGGAUGCAGAUAAGGUCCUCCAAGCAAUGGUUCAAAUGGGUGUCCUCGUGCCUACCGGAGAUAUGACUGCUGUCAGACGAACUGCUCAGUUCUUUCUUAACAGCUUUGAAGAGCGACUUGCAGCACAAAGAAAGGAGAGGGAAAUGGCUACAAAAGAACUUGGAUUUAAAAAGCCAUUGAGCAAGGAAGAAAAGAUAGAGGUUAAGAAGAAGCGGCUAGCUGCAAUUGGGGAAGAUUUAUUGUCCAUAGCAGCUGAUCAGCCCUUCCGGUUUCCUGCUACGUUCACUUUUGUUGUUAGAGCAUUUUCAGUUCUAGAUGGCAUAGGGAAAGGUCUUGAUCCUCGAUUUGAUAUCACUGAGAUUGCAAAACCUUAUGCUCUGGAGUUGCUAAAGUUUCGUGAAGCUGGUGCUGAAGUUCUCGUCAAGGACUUGAGGAAGAGAUGGGAUCGACAAUCACGUGCAUUCUACAACUUAUUCAGGCAAGCUGAUAGAGUAGAAAAGCUAGCUGAAAUUAUUCAGCGACUGGAGCAAGGAGAUUUGAAGCUUCGUGUUCGAGCAUUGGAAUCUGAAAGGGCCUUCCAACGAGUUGCAGCUGUCCAAAAGACAAUAGGAAGUGCAGUUGCUGCUGGAAGUUUGGUUAACCUCGCAACAAUUUUGUACUUAAAUUCUUUUGCGAUUCCUGCAAAGAUAGCAUAUCUAGCGUGUGCAUAUUUUGGGUUACAAGUUCUAGUGGGGGUUGUGAAAGUUAAGAAAUUAGAUCAACGGGAGAGGUUGAUCACUGGAACUGCAUAG